AUGUAUCUGUUUAACAUAGGCCAACCGUAUACCUUUUUAUGUCGUUCGCGUGGCGCUGACGAUGAUGGUUCAGCCUAUAAGGCGGCUUUACUUUCGGGUCCUCCUGGCGUCGGUAAAACCACAACUGCAGAACUAUGCUGCAAAGAGCUUAACUUGCCGUACCUGGCACUCAACGCCUCAGAUACUCGAAAUAAAAAGUAUCUACAGUCGAUACUGUCCGGAUCUAUUAACUGUCACACAAUGAUUGAGUACUUUUCGCAAAACCAAAACCGCGGUCCAGUCCCCGGUGCGCUUAAACCGUCGUUUCACGUGCUGAUCAUGGACGAAGUGGACGGUAUGAGCGGCAACGAGGACCGAGCCGGACUGCAGGAAUUGAUCGCGAUGAUUAAACGCACAAGCAUUCCGAUCAUCUGCAUCUGCAACGAUCGUCAAAACAGAAAGAUCCAGUCGUUAGCGAAUCACUGCUUUGAUCUUCGCUUUCACAAGCCCCAAGUUCAGCAGAUUAGGGGUGCGAUGAUGUCUAUUGCUUAUAAGGAACACCUGCGGAUCUCCUCGGCUUCCAUGGAUCUAAUCAUCGAAACCUGCAGACACGACAUACGUCAAGUGUUGUAUGUGCUGAGUGUGAUUGCCGCAAGCCAAAAUGAAAUCAACUUCCACGAUGCGAGGAUGACCGCGCUGCAGGCUCAGAAAGACGUUGCGAUGAGCGUUUUCGAUGUCACGCGUCUCCUUUUCUCGGACAAUGAAGAGACCCGAAACAAAACAAUACUUGAUAAGGCGGAAUGGUUUUUCACCGACUACAGCCUUGUGCCACUGUUCGUUCAGGAGAACUACAUCAACGUUUCGUCAAGCAAGGCACAGUCCGUCAACGAUCAACUGGACAGACUAAGCGUCGCGGCCGACUUAAUAGCCUAUGGUGACGUGUUGGAGAAGCAGAUAAGAACCGGCGGUGACUGGAGCUUACUCAGCGAAGAGGCAAUGCUGGCCGCCGUACUGCCGUGUGAUCACGUCAAGGGACGUUUGCACCGCCAGAUAUUCUUUCCCCAGUGGUUCGGCAAGAACUCAAAGUCCGGCCGCUUGCUUCGUCUGCUCUAUUUGCUGAACAUGCACAUGAGCUUACACGUCUCUUCGAAUCUGAAUAGUCUCAAUCUUGAAUACAUGCCUUUACUUCGAAAGUCGAUAACGAAUGCUCUGAUUACAAAUGGUCCCGAAGGCAUAGAUCAGGCAAUCGAGCUGUGUGAUUCAUAUGACUUGCAGAAAGAUGAUAUCGACUUCAUCAUGGAAAUGGGCCAGUGGCCUCACAGACCGGAUCCUAUGAGCAAAGUUCCAUCGAAAGUAAGUAUAUUCUUCAAAAUCAUUCGCUUGUUGGUUUGCUGCUUCAUUAGUACAAUAGAAUUUCUUGAAUCCAGCGUCCUCUGGAACGUGACUUACCGCAUUUUUGAAAGUAAAAUCAUUUAACC